AAACAAUCUAACAUUGUACUUUGAUCUAACAACCCCCACCCCCUUCUCAACCAUAUAUAUUCAUCUAUAUUUUCCCUCAUUUUGAGGAACAAAACUAAAAUAAAAGCUCUCACAUAUCCUUUUUUUUGGUGGCUCAAGAUGAGUAAUCUUACUUCUAGUCCUGCACCUUGUAGUAGAUCAUGGUCAAUUAGUGAGGACUCAUUGAGAAGAUAUGUGUUCUAUGCAAGUGAAAAUUGCAUCCAGGAGUUGUUAUCAGCUUCAGAUUCAAAAAGCUGUAACGAUGGCUGGAAAAUACUCGGCGUAGAUAACGGCGUUGAGAUAGCUAAACGCCGUUCAGGUUCCCUUCACACUUUCCGUAGCCGUUGGUUACUCAAAUCUGUUUCUCCUCAACAAUUCAUCACUGUAGCUAACGCCAUUGAUGCUGCAAGGCAAUGGGACGGGGACUUAGUAGAAGCAAGAUACAUAAAGGAUUUGGAAGAUAAUUUGAGUAUUAUACGUCUUAGAUUUGGGGAAAAUUCGAAGCCUUUAUUCAGAAACAGAGAAUUCAUUGUCUAUGAACGUCGUGAAACUAUGGAUGAUGGAACACUGGUAGUAGCAGUAGCUUCACUUCCAAAAGAGAUAGCAGCAGGUUUGCACCCAAAGCAAAACAAUGCAAUAAGAGGUUUAUUGUUGCAAUCUGGAUGGGUUGUUGAGAAAAUUGAUCAUGAUUCUUGCAUGGUCACUUACGUUGUCCAGUUGGAUCCAGCAGGAUGGUUACCAAAAUGCUUCGUGAAUCGGUUGAACACAAAGUUGGUUAUGAUCAUUGAUAACCUUAAAAAGCAAGUGCUUUCUAGCCCUACCAAUAGUGAUGAUAGUACUUGAUUUAAUUACUACUUUUGUACAAAAAAAAAA